GUACUAACAGCUGAAACAGUUCACCUAAAAGAUCGACAGGUAUGAAGCUAAGGUCCGUGUUUUUAUGAUUUCUAGCGUCGGGAAGUUACGCAGAGACGAUCAAGGUAAAGACAUGGCUUCUUUGGUAUUCAUAAUGACUUUUCUCUUGAUGGCGCCUCAGUUGAAAUCUAUUCCAGCCGAAAACAUCACGGAAGAUGAUGGGAUGAUAAUGGAUGAUUUAAGGAAAACUGAAAUGUGUCCAGAUACUAUCAAAGUCAGGUGGGAUGAGCUCCUUGCUCGAGAACCCCACGUGAUUAAACAAGUCAGCGGUAAUGAAACUUCCUACGAUGGGUUGUUUCCAUUAAACUUGGUUUUUAUGAUAUCAAGCUGUUGUUCAUCAACUGUGAUUAAAUACGUUGACGCGUAUCAGGCUGACAUUGUACUUCCCGUGAUUCUCAACUACAAGGAAAGUGGCCUAAGUUCUCAGAGCAAAGUGGUUCCCAUACUUCCUAACACUGGAGUCGCAUUUGUCGUCAAGAGGGCUGACAGAAAACACCUCCCCAUUAAAAUUUUGUCCUCCAUCUUCAGCUCUUGGCCCGUGCUGGUGUUAACACUGUUAUUGUCGGUGUUAGCAGGAAUCGUUGCCUGGAUACUGGAUACUAGGCAAAACACAGAGGAAUUUCCACUGAGCUUCGUUCAAGGAUCAUGGGAAGGCUUUUGGUGGGCUUUUGUGUCCAUGACAACAGUCGGAUAUGGUGAUCGCUGCCCAAAGACUAUCUCUGGGAGACUGUUUGCGAUCGUCUGGAUCUUAACUGGGAUUUGCAUGUGUUCCAUCUUCACUGCCAUGCUAACAACCUCUCUAACAACAAUCAGCUUAGACACUAUGAUUCCCCUCCCUCAGGCAAAGGUAGCGGCUCUAUUUGGCUCAAUUGAGGCUACGACAGGCUUUCAAAGACAAGCUCAAGUUAGACGAGUCCACAGCAUUAAAGAGAUCCAAGAAGAAAUUUUGGAAGGGAAAGCCAUAGGAGGACUCAUGGACAGCUUCACCUUGGAUCAUUAUCGAGACUAUUUCCCAGCAAACGAAUUCAAAGUACAAGAAGUCAUCUCUCAAGAAUACCUGGAAUAUGGCGCACUGAUCGAGAACUCUUCACUGGUUAGCCUGGUCAAAUGUUUGAAAAACCUGCGCUUUUCGGAGGAGUCCGAAAUGUAUGAAUACGCUGAGUUGUACAUGGGCAAGUCCAUGAAGAGUGGCCUAGAGGAGUCAAUGACACCAGGUGAUCAAACAAUAGGUGUAGAUCCAGAAGGUCUACUAUUUUACCCAGCUUUGUUCACUUGUCUGGGGAUUCUCACAUUCUUUCUCAUCUCCGGUGCAACCUGGGAAAUGUGCCGAAGGACACGGAUGCGAAAAAGUGAACGAGGAGCCACUAAUAAGGUAGAAUUCCUGGUAUCCAAUACGAAUGACACUGAAACACAGAAAAGGACAGCUUUGCUCAGGGAAUUUGAAGAACAGGUUGCUGGAGACGUCAGGAAAGCACUCAUGUCUUUGCGGCAGAAAUUUGGUGACCGUUUCCUACUCCCCGAAAAAAACUGCAAUAGCGAGACUCAGGAAACCUGGACGUCAGUUUAGAGCUGAUAAACGUUUUAACGCAAUAUUUUUACACCAAUACUCAAUUAGCUAACCUCUAGAAGGACACGCUGAGCAAAGAGUAAGCACAGUUGUAGACUUAUAGACGCUUUACUGCCUGUUCUUAACUAGGUUCUCUUUACUAUGAUCUUUUCAAUGCGUGUUAGUUGUGUAGCAGAUGCAGGAGUUGCGUGUUAACUAGGGGAAAUCUGUCGGUAAUCUAAAACCUGGCAAUUUUGUAAGAACAAAGGAAGUGGUUUGUCUAAAAUGUAAGCCUACGUUAAAGUGUAAGCUAGGUGCUAAGGUGACGAGGCGCAAAAAAAUUUUCAUUGUUGGACUGGUUCUCUCCGUCUUGAAGUCUUAACUGUCUCGCCCUUAAAAAAAAAAAAACCGCAGUUCCCAUAAA